AUGAUCUCCCACAWGGAGCAGGAGGAGCAGCGCUGGCUCUGCCGGCUCCCGGGCGGCAGCCGUGCAGCUGAGGAUGGGAGUGUGAGCAAGGAGGAGGCAAAUCCCCAGCGAGCCAUUCCUCGUUCAGUGGAGCCAGACUUGCUAUCAGGACUCCCCAAGGAGCACAGUUCCCAGAGUCCGGAACAGGAUCCACCUCACCCCCGCAGGUCGGAAAGGGUGCCGAGAACUCCCCUGGGGAAGAGGCAAAACAGAGCGACACUACGUGGAAAAAGUUUCAGGAGGCUGCCAGACAGCAGGCAGGAGAGGAAUCCUGCAGCGGGAAGGCUGACGAUAUGUGGGGACUGCGGGAAGAGCUUCCGAGUGAGCUCCAACCUGGUCCAGCACCGCAGGAUCCACACUGGAGAGAAACCCUUUGGCUGUGCCGAGUGCGGGGAGAGCUUUCGGCAGCGAUCACAUCUCAUCCAGCACCAGCGGAUCCACACAGGGGAGAGACCCUAUGAGUGCUCCGAGUGCGGGAAGAGCUUCAGCAUGAGCUCCAAGCUGAUCCGGCACCAGGUCACGCACACGGGGGAGAAGCCCUACAAGUGUGCYGAGUGCGGAAAGAGCUUCGCCGGCAACUCGCAGCUGGUGCAGCACCAGCGAGUGCACACGGGGGAGAAACCCUUUGAGUGCGGCCACUGCGGGAAGAGCUUCAGCGUGAGCUCGGCGCUGACGCGGCACCAGCGGGUGCACACGGGAGAGAAGCCCUACGCGUGCGUGGCCUGUGGCAAGAGCUUCAGCCAGAGCUCCGAGCUCAUGAAGCACCAGCGGGUGCACACGGGCGAGAAGCCCUACGCGUGCUCCGAGUGCGGGAAGAGCUUCACGGUGAGCUCUGCCCUCAUCCAGCACCGGCGCUUCCACCUGGGCGAGCGGCCCUACGGCUGCUCCGAGUGCGGCAAGAGCUUCACGGUGAGCUCCCACCUCAUGCAGCACCGGCGCUUCCACACGGGCGAGCGGCCCUACGAGUGCGCCGAGUGCGGGAAGAGCUUCCUGUGGAGGUCGGCGCUGCUGCGGCACCGCAGGGUGCACACGGGCGAGCGGCCCUACGCCUGCGCCGACUGCGGCGACAGCUUCCGCCAGAGCGCCCACCUCAUCCAGCACCGGCGCAUCCACACGGGCGAGCGUCCCUACGCCUGUGCCAGCUGCGGCAAGGGCUUCACCGUGAGCUCCGCGCUCCUCCGGCACCAGCAGAUCCAUAGGGGACAGGAGCCUUAGGAGGGGUGAGCGCGGGGAGCGGUGGUGUCCCAUAUCCUGUGGUCGAAGCCCAGGGCCUCUCUCCUUUCCGUGUAAUAACCACCCUGCUUUUGGAGGGUGGGAGCAGGUUCUUUUGAGGAGAAUGAGUCCUAAAAGGUGGAGGUGGAAGGAGAGGAGAGGCAGGGCAAGAAGUUGGGCAUCUGGGGAAGAGUGUGUGACAAAGCGGAGGGAGGAGGUGAUGUCCAGAGGGGUGACUCUGGGAGUGGGAGAGAAACAAAGUGAAAAGGCUAAAUGAUGUUUGGUGCUGUAUUUAAGAGAAAGGAAGGAGCUUGCCAUUUCUGUGUGCACAAGUGUUUCAAUUUACAGCGGAAACUAAAAGGACUGUCUGUGAGAGCAUGGAAAGCASUAAUUAGGAAAAACGGAAGCUCUUGCAUUCCCUUCCCGAUGCUGCUUUGCUUAGAGGCUCUGAGCAGCCUAGUGCAGGCCGUAGAGCCGCAAGCUCGCGCGCCUCAGCUCCCGCUGCCGCUUGUCCGCGCGGGCUGUACACGCACACCGUCAGCCGUCCCUUAGGGCACCCCUCGGGCUGUGACACGAUGCCCACCGUGGCCAUGGGUCACACGAUGCCCACCAUGGCCGGGGCCUCCGUGGGAACCGUCCG